AGGACGACUCCUACCAAUUAAAUAUACCGAAGGAAAAGGAAGUAGCGUGAUUUGAAAAAAGUGAAGUUUGCCCCUCUUGUACUGCGAGACAAGGUACAUCUGGACUGGACAACCGUCUGAUCGUUUCUCCUUCUGCAGCUGCCGCCGGGGCCGCUUUUUUCCGGAGCUCUGCUCGUCAUUUGAUCCGCAGCUCCGUACCCUGGGGAACAGCUCGGAGGAGCGUCCCUCAGGUGAAAGAGCCCAUACCUUGUGCGUGAACCACACACACACAGCAUGCUGCCAGACAAGGAUGAGCCAAGCGGAGUGGGUGGUGGCCAGGCUGGUCCCGUGAGGUCGGAGGACCCUGCUGUCACCCUCUUCAGGCAGUACCUGCGGCUGAGAACCGUCCACCCGGAGCCUGACUAUGAUGCUGCUCUGCAGUUCCUGGACCGUAUAGCCCUGGAACUGGAGCUUCCCAUAAAGAAGGUGGAGGUCUGCCCAGGGAGGGUAAUAGCCAUCAUAACGUGGACUGGCGCCAACCCUCUUCUCAAGUCAGUCCUGCUUAACUCCCACACAGAUGUUGUACCGGUGUACCAGGAGCAUUGGAGGUAUGAUGCUUUUGCUGCAGUCAAAGAUGAGAAUGGAAACAUUUAUGGCCGGGGGACCCAGGACAUGAAGUGCGUGACCAUACAGUACAUCGAAGCCAUUCGCAGACUGAAAUCCCAGGGGAAGACCCUGUCUCGCACUGUCCACAUGAUGUUCGUUCCAGAUGAGGAGGUAGGAGGUCAGAAGGGGAUGGAGAAAUUUGUGGAGCAUCCUGAGUUUAAGAAGCUGAAUAUUGGCUUCGCGCUGGAUGAGGGUUUGGCUAAUCCUGGGGAGCCAUUCACCGUGUUUUAUGGAGAGAAAAAUCCAUGGUGGAUCACUGUGACGUGUCCAGGGAACCCAGGCCACGGAUCCAGGUUUGUGGAGAACACAGCGGCUGAGAAACUGCGCCGAAUAAUCAACACCUUCCUAGAUUUCAGAGAAACGGAGAAGAAGCGGCUUAACACCAGUGAGUGUUUCACUCUGGGUGACGUCACCACCGUCAAUAUGACCAUGGUGAAAGGUGGCUUGACGUAUAACAUGGUGCCUGCCGAAAUGGAUGUCAGUUUCGACCUGCGCAUCCCCCCCACUGUGAACCUGCAGGAAUUUGAAGAACGGAUUAAGCAGUGGUGCAAGGAAGCCGGAGAUGGCGUGUCGUACAAGUUUGCUCAGAAACACAUGAACCAGUCUGUGACCUCCACGGCAGACAGCGACCCCUGGUGGAAUGCCUUCAGCAUGACAUGCAAAGCCAUGAACAUGAAGCUGAAAACGGAGAUUUUCCCAGCUGCCACCGACAGCCGUUUUAUCCGGGCCGUGGGCCUUCCGGCCAUCGGAUUCUCCCCAAUGAACCACACACCAAUCCUGCUACACGACCACAACGAGUUCCUCAAUGAGAAUGUGUUUCUGCGCGGCAUCCAGGUGUACGAGCAGCUGGUGGCCUCCCUGGCCAGUGUGCCACAUCUUGUAGGAGAGGCCUAGGUGCCACAGAUUGGUGCCACUCUCACUUGCUUGCCUACUUCUCUCUCGCUUGCCCGCUCUUCCCCCUUGCAAAAGGUGCUUCUUGGCUAUAGAUAGUGUUUCCGGAGGUCAUUCUCACCUGAUAAGAGAUUAAUGAUUGUUGACAAACAGUAGAGCAGAAUUGGUGAGUGAUUAACCCACAGUACAAGUAGUAUAUUACGAUGAAAUUAAUUAUGUCAAAGUAGUGAUUUAAUUGCGAUAUAUCGUCCCAGGCUUGAUAUUGUCUUUUCCUUUACCUUCUUUCUUCACAUUUUUUUCCUUUGAUUUCUCCCUACCUCUCUGACAACUAACUCAGGGCGUGUCUGGCCAGCUUGUGCUUAGCAUUCUUGUGCCGUUGCGAGAGCGCCGUGGUGUUCCUUGCAGUCCAAACAAGGGUCGCACGGCUCUUUGCCCAAUCUUCGUUUUCCUCAAUCCACAUCUGUGAUUCGCUCAUUCGAAUCACUAUAUUUUUUUCCUGAAGGUUUAACCAACAGAGUGUUUAGAUGAAAUGUGUAUAUCAAGGCUCCUCCUUGGAAGAUUUUGUGCGAUCAGUCUUUGCUGAGACUUCGGGUUUGGUAGGACUUUGCAUUCCUCUAGCUGCUAUGUUGCCCAUCUCAAGGCCAGCCUGGCAGUUUGGCCUUGGAGUGGGUUCACACCCUCUGUUGGUGGGUCAUCAGUCACCCCAGUCAUCUAAAUGUCGAUGACAUUUAGUUCGAACUGUAGUUUGUUCGAGUCUCAUACUCUAUCUACGGUUGCUGGGAGUCCUGACAAAUCCGUCCGCAGUCUGCGCCUGGUGGUGAGAGACCUGGCAGUACGGUCUUUGUCAUGUGACCUAUAGCAGGCGGCUAACUGAGUCGAGUCAGAUGUGCAUGAUUAUUGGGUGCUGGGGGGUUAAUGAACCCUCAUAACAUGGCUAUAAUCCAAAGCUUAUAUUUAUUGUAUCUUUUUUAGGGGUGCAUCGAUACCGAUACUAGUAUUGAUAUCGGGAACAAUGCAGUACUCAUGUUCUCGUAACAGUGUACUGAUACCUAUAACAGACACUACGUAAUGACAUAUCAGCGAUGUCGUUAAUGAGCGAAACAAACGGGACCACAUAAUUUCUGUGGUAUGGUACAUCAAAAUUAUCUACAAAAACCAAAGGAAUGUGGACUGUAAAGUGUGAUCUGCUAAAAUAUCAAGAGGAGAGACAAAACAAUACAACACAAAUAAUCUACUUAAAGAUGUAAAAAUUAAACACAGAGAGUAUGACAAAAUUUGCACCGGCUACACUCUGCAGCAAACACGAGCACGGAGCAAGUAAAUGUCAAAUGAUAACCCUUGUGCAGUGAAAAAAACAGAAGUAUAUUAUGUAGUAUAUUGUGUUUGACAAUUCAACAUAAUGUCGUAAUAGUGGUACGCAGAAAGUGUAACACCUUCUGAAGGUUUUGCGAACCUCUGCUUUAGACAGUUUCAGAGGUGAUGUUUUUGAAUCAUAAUGAAGAUCAUUAUUUCCCACAGAGUAAAAAGCAAUGAUCGUUUAUUCUAAUGUUUUUAAAUUAAAAUAUGGCAUAUUAUUUUUUAGACAUCAUUCGGUCCUAAUUGGUAUCGGUGAGUAGCGGAAAGCAAGUAUCGGUACUUGGUCUGAAAAAGAUGGUAUUGAUGCGUUCCUGACCUUUUUAAAGACAAGGGACUUUUUUUGUAACUUUCAGAUAAAAGUUACUUAUUUAAUUUUUUAUGCAUCAUAAAUUAUACUGUUUCAUUUGAUUUUAUAGCACUGAUCUGAUGAUUUGAAUAAACAUUUGCUUUCACACA